GACGAGUCGGACAAGACGCCGCGUUCCGACAUGCCGCCCGCUGCCGCCGCCGCCGGGGCGUCGCAGCUGCCUGAUGCCUCCGAGUCGAAUUACUUCUCGCCUCGUCCCAUCCGGCCCUACGUCUCCAGGCUCCCUGCCUCCACCCCAGCCUCUGCGCGCCCGUCGCCCACAGCGAGCCUUGAUGCGUCGUCCGUGUCAGUCUGUUCAACACCCGCCCUUCCACAAGAACGUCGGCCCAGUAUACACAGAGAUGACUCGAGCGCAUCGACGACGACUGUUGCUACAAUACGUGCCCACUCGGCCGAGCCGGGCACUGCAUACCCACCCCCGACGAGGAGCAAGCUAGAGGGGCCUUACUACCCUAACCAGUCGUACGCCGCCCUCCAGUACCCACGCUAUUUUCCCGGAUCGGAACACAAACCAGCUCGUGGGAGCCGGAUGAGUGGCGCCCGCCACUCGCACUUCCAGUCCUUCUCGGGGACUAGCAUCACGACAUCUGGCCUUUCGGACCAUCGCCGAAGCUUCAUGGACUCGGGGUCCAGAACCGCUGGUAACUCACCCGCUAGCAGCCCUGGCCUGUUCAGCCCCCGCACCCCUCCCCUGGGCGUCCCUCAGCAGUCCGAGGAUGGACUCUACUCCAGCCCCUAUCUGCAUCAUAUGCACAGACAAGCACCGAAGGAGACACACAAAGCCGACCUGGACGUCGACCCCGUCUCGGGCCGGAAGAUCAUCAAUCAGUACGAGAUCAUCGAUGAGCUGGGCCGGGGCGUGCAUGGAAAAGUGAAGCUCGGAAGGAACCUGGAAACCGGUCAGACCGUAGCCAUCAAGAUUGUCAAGCGCUACGUGAAGCCCAAGCGGCUGAACAGAGAUGAUGGUAGCCGCGAGGAAAAGAUCAAGAAAGAGAUCGCCAUCCUGAAGAAGGCAAGACACCCCAACAUCGUCGGCCUCCUCGAAGUCAUUGACGAUCCCGCACUCAAAAGGGUGUACAUCAUCCUAGAGCACGUUGAGCUGGGUGAGGUGAGGUGGAGGACAGAGGGUGCCAGGGAGAUCUGCUUGAUUGAAUGGCGCCGUUACCAAAGAGAGGCCCAAGGCAUGGCGCAGGACGAGGCUGCCAUCAAGGAAGACUUGAGAAUCCUGGAGCGCGCACAUGAGAAGAUUCGGCAAGAGCGGGUGGCAGAGCUGCGUGAGCGGGCAAGACUGAUGCGCAGAGAUAGGCGCACCGGCGAUGGAACAGACGACAGCCAUGGAUGGAGCUUGGAGCAUGGAGGCGAGUCUGACCAGGAGUCGAUUGGCAGUAACCGUACUUCUCGAGCUUCCACAAUCAGCCGCGAAAGAGCACCUAGCAGAAGCACGCUUGCCGAGCCUUGGGCGAGGACUGGGCAUGACGAACCCAACAUGGAGACUGCCGUUCGGGCCGAAACAGCCGCUCCAGCGUGCCAGCCGUUCGACGCCGAUGCAUGGAGUGGCCUAGAGGGAACUCAGUACGGCCCCUACGAUGACCGUGGCCGGACUCCAAGCAUAGCGGGCAGUAGCUCCUCCGGCUUAACCGAGGAGGCGGAAGACGUGCCGGAGCACUUUCGCUACGUCCCUUUACUCACGCUUCAGACGGCGCUAGAGAUCUUCAGAGACACCGUAUUGGGCUUGGAGUACCUACACUUUCAGGGCGUCAUACACCGCGACAUAAAGCCCGCGAAUCUGCUUCAGACCAGAGAGCACCGUAUCAAGAUAUCCGACUUUGGGGUCUCCUAUCUCGGCCGCGCCAAAUCGCCGUCGGAUGACGACGAUCUCUCCGAGUCGGAUCCCCUAGGGCCGGAAGAGCCCGAAGAAGAGCUGGCAAAGACGGUAGGGACGCCGGCGUUCUACGCGCCUGAGCUUUGUCGCGAAGGGUUCCAGGUGUCCAAGCAGCUCGAUAUCUGGGCCUUGGGCGUCACUCUGUACUGCCUCGUUUAUGGCAGAGUACCGUUCUUCAACCCAAACCAACAUCAGCUCCUUGAGAACAUCUUCUCGGAUGACGUCGUCAUCCCCCGUUUCCGGUUGAAGGCGACCAUCGAACAAUCGGGCUCCAGGCCCAGCUCGCAUGGGAGGAUGUAUCAUACAAUGACCACUGACCGGAGAGAUCCUCAUGCUCUCGAGUAUGAAGAGGUUGGGCACGACCUACGAGAUCUCCUCGAAAAGCUGCUUACCAAGGAUCCGAAGCAACGCAUCUCCAUCCGGGAGAUCAAGCGACACCCCUGGGUCCUACAGGGGCUCGACAACUACGGCGCCUGGGUUGAGGAGACUGACCCCGAGAGAAAGUCACAAGGCAAGCGGAUCGAGGUGUCACACGAGGACGUGGAAAGGGCCGUCGUCCCCAUCUCAUGGAGUGAUCGCGUGCGGUCAGGGAUGCGCAAGACCAUUGACACCGUACUGGGAAUUGGACGACGCGGUGGUUCCAGAAAACGGGCACAAAGUAACGUCACGAGCCCCGAUACCCUUCAGCCCAUGAGCACGCGUUCCUCCAGCAGCACCAUCAGCCAGGAAGGCCGACGUCCGAGCCUUGCCAUGACCACUUCGAUUCUCGAAGCCUUGACACGAUCUCGUGCCGAGUCGGAGCAUCCGCUUUCGCAAAGCGUCUCUGCAAGUCCUGAAGCCAAAGAGCAAGUCAAGUUCUUUGAGCCCAGUUCGCGGACGGCGUCGCCAUCACAUAUGGCGGAAAGCCGGGAACAUCCUGCACCUCUUGCUGCUCUGACGAGGCCAAUAGUUCCUGAGCGAGCACAUUCGGCCACGUCCUCCAACUCUUCGCUAAGAACAGUGCGCCCGUCAGAUGUAUCCUUCGGCCCCACAUCGUCUCCGAAACCCUCUGUUUACCCACCGCCUGGCCUUCCCGGUACACCCACCACAUUGGAACCCGGAAGCAGCUCCACGUUUGGUAAUCUGCUGGGCGGUGUGCCUCGUCUGGUCAGCAACAUGCGGAGCCGGGAGAAGCUACUGAAAUCCAAACGUCCGGCAGAUCCGACGAGGGCCAAGACGGAAUGGCGAGGAGAGACUGUUGAUGACCCGCAUAGCGAGCCCAGCCUAGCCUUGAGCAUCGCUUCAGCUGCCGGACACGUGGAUACGCCUGAAAUUCCCGAUGUAUCUCCUCGUGCGAGACGUGGUACGUUGUCAAAACAUGCGGAUGCGGCGGAUCAUAGCGACCGUCUUGAACGGUCCGUCUCGCGGCAGUCUUCCGUCUCGUCCAAUGCUUCCUCCUACCUGCAAAGACGACUAGGCCGCAAGACGCACUCCGAGCUGGGUCCUGUUCCGAGCCAUGAGGAGGGCUCCGUGCUCCAGCCUCAUCCAACCGAAACGCAUGCCGAGAUGGUCAGACGUGCCCAAGAGGAACACAUUCGAAAGCGGGUGGCGGAAGAAAAUGAGAACCGGAAACGGGAAAGAUCACUGUCUUUGCAAGCACAACAACAAGAAGAAAGCUCGUCCAGCCCGGCGCCGUGCCCACCCAGUCCUGAUGAUCUUGCCAUGUUCCAACGGCGGAAGGUGGAAGACUACUUGAACCACGGCCAGCAUACCUCUGGAGACGGCAGUUUCGGUGCCCUUGCUGCCCAGUCCAGGGAGUUGGGCUCCAGCUCCUCUGAAGACCACUUCUCGAAGUCGACGUCGGAUCCUUCUAUUCCGUCCGUGUCUGCGAGUUCCUCCGUGGGACCUGACGAGUGUCUCCAGAUGCGCAUGGCACAUCGCGAUCCGGGUCACCAACCACCAAAGGGUACAGCCACUCGCGACUUUGGGUGGGAAGAGCAGCCCGACUACGAGGCCGAUACCGACCACACAGCUGAGAGCGAUUUGCCUUUGGAAAGCGACUUCGACAACUCGGAUGACGACUUCCUCGUCAUGGGGAAGAAAAAGCCUGCGCAAAGAUCGAGUGCGUCCAUCUCCAAUGCACAGCUCGCAAGGUCCGACGUCGCAGAAGCUCGGAGGAGCCACAUAUCCGGGCGUCGCCGGUCCGCGCGCAGCGGAAGCAAUGGCACAGUAAAGAAGGUCGAGAUUCCUGGCACCCACGAGCCGGAGGACACGGCUGAU